AUGACUAUCGUCUCGCUCAACCACGACGGCAACACGACGGGCUCAGAUUCUGGAUCGGUACCCGCUGAAAAACUGGGGAAACAUUCUCCAACUUGUUUGAGAGCACCCGGGAACUCACAAGGCAUAAUGGCUUUGGAAACCCCUCAGGUGCAUUAUCGUGGAACUCCCACAUCUGUGGUCCCGCUGACUAUUCCAACCUCCCCUGCCGACCAUCGCAUGCUUUCAGCAGCGAAAGCCGUACCCCCUGGCUCACCUUCCGCUUCCCACACACCCUCUAUGGCUUACCCAAGCCCUCUUUCAGCCACCACCCCAUCGGCCGCUUCACAUACACCUCAAACAGCCCGUCUCGGACCUCACGAGGUGGCUGUCUCAUCCGCCAGCUCAUCAACUGCUUUAUACGCACCCACUAUGGACCCUCCAACCUCAACAACAACACCGCCUCUUGCGGAACUUAAACGCGGUCACUCAAAAGGGAGCGAUUCAUCACCUGUUUCUGUUGACUUCGGAAAAAUGCUGGUCUCUGGAACACCUUCACGACAUGAGGGUCCUUCUUUCCAGGCACCAUGCCGCCAAAAGUACCAGAUGCACGGGUCACGUCAACCAUCCGACACAAACCAGAUGCUAAUUGUCGUUGUCGUCAUCGUAACAAACAACGGUGGCCACGGCCACGUCACCCCUCCCCAGCAACAACCGACCACCACGACGCGACAACACAACCAUGCAACAACCAUGGCAGAACACACAAGGGGCAAACAGCUUUUGUCGCCAGUCGAAUAA